AGAGAAAUUAAUAUACAUAUCCACAUGUUCUUCAUGCAUCAUCACCAUAUAUAAAUCUGUAUAAAGCGUCCAUACAAAGUGACCCAUUCUAAGCUCCAAAAUUCUGAAAAUUGCACCUAAAAGUGCAGAAAACAACAAAAACAUUUGGUGCUUCCUUAGUUUUGUUUUAUUACUUUUGUGUCAAAACCUAAGACAAAUACCAUUCACACCGCUAUAUUAUUUUUGGUUGGUUUCACUACAUUUCCGCAGAUAUUUUUGGCCAUUUUGUAUUUCGUUUCCUGAAUUUCUUCAUUUUAUCCAGGAAUUGUGUCAUUUUAUCUGGGUAUAGAAUGGGAGAUCGUGUGGUGGUGUACAUGGAUCGGCUUGUGAAGCCGAAUGGACCAGAGGUUACCAAGAACCCUGAAAUGGUGGGACCCUCUUCAUUGAUGACUGUGGAGGAGGAGGGCAAUGAGGUUGCGAAUGAGGAGGUGCCAUUAAUUGGUAGAGGAGAGUGCAGGAUUUGCCAGGAGGAGGAUUCUUUGGACAAAUUAGAGAGUCCAUGUGCUUGCAGUGGAAGUCUCAAGUUCGCACACCGAGCAUGUGUUCAACACUGGUGCGAUGAGAAGGGGGAUAUUACUUGUGAGAUUUGCCAUCAGCAAUACCAGCCUGGUUACACUGUACCUCCUCGAACUGUGGCUGAGGAGACAAUUAUUGAUAUUGGAGGAGGAUGGCAAAUCUCUGGUACUCCUUUGGAUUUACAUGAUCCCCGCCUCUUGGCAAUUGCAGAGGCUGAACGUCAACUUCUAGAAGAUGAUUACAACUCUGCAAAUGCAAGCGGUGCGGCAUUCUGCCGAUCUGCUGCUUUAAUUUUGAUGGCUCUUCUACUCUUGCGUCAUGCAUUACCUAUGACAGACACGGAUGGAGACGAUGAAGAUCCAACUGCUUUCUUUUCGCUUUUCUUGCUUCGGGCAGUUGGCUUCCUUUUACCCUGCUACAUCAUGCUCUGGGCCAUCAGCAUUUUGCAGCAGCGCAGGCAAAGAGAGGAAGCAGAAGCAUUGGCAGCAACACAAUUUGCAGUUGUGUUACACUCGGGACAGUCGAGAGGUGUACAGUUUACGAUAGCACCAGCUACACCAGCCACACCAGCUACACCAGCAGCGCCUGCUUCAGUGGAUCAUGUUUAAACAAUAAGAACCGCAUAUCUUUUUUUAGAUAAGGUAAGAAUUUCAUGUGGAUGCAUAUCUAUGCCAGUUGUGGGAGGUCAAGCAAUGUACUCAAUAGUAUAAUAACAAAGAGUGUCCUUGGUCUCUUAUUUUUAAGCUAUAAAAGCUGCCUUAUGCUUAAUUUGUUUCUCUGUAUUGUGGACAAUAGCACUAUCGUAUCUUUACUCAAAAAUGAAUGUCAGUAAGCUGUACAUAAACUUUUUUCA